ACGAAAAGCCACUUCAGUACGCGGUGGAAUCGCGCAAGGUCAAGAACAUAUGGGCUCUUUUCAAAACAGUCGACCGCCGGUCCCAAACGUGAUGUGACAUAACCUUACAAUAAAAAAAAAUAUUAAAAAAAAUAAAUUGACAUUACAACUCAAUGCUGGCAGUAAAUUUGGGAAAUUAAAAACAAAGUCGCGUGCGCACGUGGCGUGCGUUCUAAAUUUGAACGCAAGCUCCUCAUGCGGCGGAUCGUUUCCCGCGUAAAAGCUGUGACUGUGGAAAUUUAGGAAAAUUUCUUGUUUUACAAGCUGCUUUGUGCGAUUUGUUUGUUUGGAACAUUUUAAACGAAUAUAAAUCUGUGCAUUAUUGUGACUAUUGUGGAAAGUUCUCUCUCCCAUUUCAAGGGCGCUCGGUGCGCACGCGCGGCGUCUUGCUCGAGCGCGGCGCGGUGGGGGGAGCGGCGCGCGCGCAACAUGCUCGCGAACAUUAAGGGCUUCUGGAAGGUGUGCAGAUAUGGCGACCUCUACAUGGUAUUGGCAGCGCUGGCCGCGCAGUCUAUCAACAUAUCGGUGGGCUUCUGCCAGGGCUUCUCAGCGGUCCUGUUGCCCCAGUACACGCACGAGUACCCGAAUAUCACAUAUGAACAGAGCUCAUGGAUAGCAAGCCUGGGCGUGAUCUCAAACCCGGUGGGGGCGUUGCUGGGCGGGAUGAUGGUGGACGCGGUCGGCAGGCGGCUGCUGCUGCAGAGCAUAGUGCUGCCGAAUCUGAUCGGCUGGCUCGUCAUAGCGUUCUCUGAGACUUAUGUGUUCUUGUGCGUCGGCCGGUUUAUCACCGGGUUCACUAUUGGAAUGUCAACAGUCUCUUACAUCUACGUGGCAGAAAUCACAACCCCUGAGAAACGAGGCGUCCUCAGCGCCUUAGGCCCUGGGCUGGUCUCCACUGGGAUCUUCAUCGUCUAUUCCUUAGGAGCAUUCAUACACUGGAGGAAAGUCGCUGCCAUUUGCGCGGGAGUUUCUCUCCUAACUCCAACUUUAAUGUAUUUCGCUCCAGAAUCACCAUUAUGGCUAGCCUCUAAAGGGCACAUGAAAGACGCUUACAGCGCGAUGUUUUGGCUGAGACAAAACAAUAGCACCGCUCAGCAAGAAUUAAUGGAAUUCACCAAAGAUCGCAAGAGCGGGGAAUCCAUGACCUUCAAAGAGAAAAUGUGCUUAUUCAAACGGAGGAGCGUUUUGAAGCCUUUCAUCCUCCUAAUAGUAUUCUUCAUCUUCCAAGAGAUGUCUGGUAUUUACGUGAUACUGUAUUACGCUGUUGACUUCUUCAAGUCUGUCGGGACCAGUGUUAAUGAGUUCACAGCUUCCAUUAUCGUCGGCGGAGUUAGAGUAUUCAUGGGGGCAGUCGGUGCGUGUUUAAUAAAUAGUUUUAGAAGAAAGACAUUAGCUGCUACUUCGGGAUUAUUGUUAGGCAUGGCGAUGUUAGGAGCAGCUGUUUGUGCCACUGUCAACGGACCACCAUUGGUCAAAUUAGCUUGCGUACUAUUACACGUAUCAUUCAGUAUGGUGGGAUUCUUACAGUUACCUUGGAUAAUGUCCGGAGAGUUAUAUCCUCAGGAUAUUAGAGGAGUGAUGUCUGGCGCAACAUCAUGUUGUGCCUACAUUCUUAUAUUCUUUAAUAUCAAAACUUAUCCUCAGUUGGAGAAUAUGUUGACUUCAAAUGGUACUUUAUAUCUAUUCGGUGGCUGUGCUUUGUUAGGUGCUGCGUAUUGUUACUGGUUCCUGCCAGAGACCAAAGGGAAGUCCUUAACAGAAAUCAUGAAGCAAUUCGACGAAAGAAAGGAUUCAGACGCUGAGGCUGGCUACACAAAAGAGAAAAGAUUUAGCAUAGAAGGAAAACCAGUACAGAGGAGGCACAGUGCAGGCGCGGCAGUUUCUUUAGAAAAGAAUCAAGAAGUCUUCGCUCCCUACUGGGUGCAGGAGAAAGAGAUAGAAAAGAAGUAAUGUUCCUUAUAGUAAUUAAUAGUUAAAGAGACAUUGUACAGUUUGUAAUUACUAUUGUAAGUUGUGAGUGAUUUUUAUAUAGUUUUUUAUAAUGUUACAUUCCGUAGACAUAAUUAGUUAGUUUUGUAUACAAGGUGACAUGUAUUAAUAUUAAAUUCAAAUUAAGUACAAAUGUGCAUUGUGAUUGCACUGGCCGAGAGUGAUAUUUUCGCUAGAACAGAUUUUACCGUUGAUAAUUGUACCGCUGCACUUUAGGAUUGCACAAACAAACAAUGACUUAUUGUAGAAAAUUAAUACAUGAUACAUUUAAAACAAUGUGGCAAUAAACUUUUAGCUGAUAUUAAAUUAUGUUGUAUCCUAUCAUUCAAAUAAUUAUAGUGUUUUAGCAAUAAUAAAGUGCAACAAUUUUUUUUAGCGCAAGGAUGCUAUAAGUUAUUACACAGGGUGACUGAGAGUUCGUUGACUGUCUGUGAUGAUAUAAAACUAAUCUAUUUGUAAUAAUAAUAUAAAGUGUUGUUUUUCA